AUGGGCUGUGUUAACGGUGUCAAUAAAGAUUUCAAAUUAGAUUAAAUACAACAAUUUGUUAGCAUUUUCAAUAGUUUAGAAACCAUUUUAUUCUAAACAAAUAAAAACUUUUACAGAAGUUUAUAACAAUAUAAGAAAAAUAUCACAUUUAGAAUAGACAACAGUUUAGUGAUCGUUGUAGAAAGUAUUGAAAAUUAAAAUACAUAGACCUCCAUCCCUCUUGAUACUGAUAAUUAUUGCGAUCUCAUAUCUUCGUAUUAUCACAAAAUAGAAGAAAUUCAAAAUUAUAUGCAAAAUUACAUUUGCUAAGCAUCCAUAUGCCUUUAAUCUAAUGGAUAAAAAUAUGGAAACAAUUUUCUUUAUCACCAUCUUUAGGAUUACAUUUACAAAUUCUCUGACUUUGCUUUCAUUUACAGAAUCCCUAAGCUAAAAAUACAUGUUCAAAAGCAUGUAGGAUCUUUAGAUGAAAUUGGUUCUCUAUGCCAAAGUGAAAUAAUUUGUUGA